GAAUUUUCAUCCUCUUCCAUAGUGAGUCUCGCACUUACACUUUCACGGAGGCAACAAACAAACACCGUUUCAUUUCCCCCCAAAUCUCUCUCUCACUCUGUAAUAACAACUAUUUGGAACUGAGACUAUUUGCAUCAACCUUUUGGAACAAACAAUGGCAACUCCUUCUUCUUCAGAUGGAUCUGUUUCAAGGCGUAUGUCGUUGAGAAAGAAAGUGAAUCAUCGUAGUUACGACGAGGGUUUGAUAGAUGAUGACCUUUUUGAUAAGAGUUUGGAUAGUGGUUUGAAGAAGAAGGGUAAGAGUAAAGAUAUUCAGAAAGAAACCAACACCGAGGCUAUGAUUGCCUUUUCACUUGGUUUCCCAAUGAAUGCUUUGCUUGAGCAUGAGAUUAGAUCUGGGGUUGUCUCAGAAUUAGGCGGGAAAGAGCAGAAUGAUUAUGUUGUUGUUAGGAAUCAUAUAUUGGCUCUUUGGAGGGGGAAUGUUAGGAGGUGGUUGACGAAGGGACAAAUUAGGGAAACUGUGACCAAGGAGUUUGAACAUUUGAUUAAUUCUGCUUAUGACUAUCUUUUGUAUAAUGGUCAUAUCAAUUUUGGGGUUUUGCCAUCAUUUACUUCUCAGUUGCCUGAGGCGACGGAAGGAACGGUUGUUGUUAUUGGGGCUGGCCUUGCUGGGUUGGCUGCAGCGAGGCAGCUUUUGUCGUUUGGUUAUAAGGUUGUUGUUUUGGAAGGUAAGAACCGUCCUGGUGGUAGAGUUUAUACUCAGAAGAUAGGGAAUGAGGAUAAGUUUGCGGCCUUAGAUCUUGGUGGGAGCGUAAUUACUGGAAUUCAUGCUAACCCUUUAGCGGUUUUGGCACGACAGCUUUCAAUUCCGCUUCAUAAAGUUAGAGACAAUUGCCCUUUAUUCAAGCCGAACGGGGAGCCGGUCGAUAAGGAAAUAGAUUCAAAGGUUGAGAAUAUAUUCAACAAGUUGCUUGAUAAAGUUAUGGAACUCAGGAAAAUUAUGGGUGGCUUUGCAAGUGAUACCUCACUUGGUUCAGUCUUGGAGACACUCAAGAAUUUAUAUGCGGUGGCUCAAACUACUGAUGAGAAGCAGAUGUUUGAUUGGCAUCUUGCAAAUUUAGAAUAUGCAAAUGCUGGAUGUCUUUCAAAUCUUUCAGCUGCCUAUUGGGAUCAGGAUGAUCCUUACGAAAUGGGUGGUGAUCAUUGUUUUCUUGCUGGAGGAAAUUGGAGAUUGAUAAAAGCUAUGUGUGAAGGAGUUCCUAUUUUUUAUGAAAAGACCGUCAACACUAUCAGAUAUGGAAAUGAGGGUGUUGAGAUUAUUGCUGGGGAUCAAGUCUUUCAAGCAGACUUCACCUUAUGCACCGUGCCUCUUGGAGUUCUGAAAAAAAAGGCCAUUAAUUUUGAACCUGAAUUACCUGCAAGAAAACUCGAAUCAAUUGAGAGGAUGGGUUUUGGGCUUCUGAACAAAAUUGCAAUGGUUUUUCCACAUGUGUUUUGGGGGGAAGAUCUGGACACAUUUGGAUGUCUCAACGAAAAUAGUCAUGAUCGUGGGGAGUUCUUUUUAUUUUACGGUUACCACACUGUUUCUGGUGGCGCAGGACUUAUUGCGCUUGUGGCUGGUGAAGCUGCACAAGCAUUUGAAACCACAGAUCCAAUCGUCUUACUUCAUCGGGCUUUGAAUACUCUAAAAGGUAUUUUUCAACCUAAAGGCAUCACUGUGCCUGAUCCAAUACAAUCAAUUUGUACCAGAUGGGGAAGCGAUCCCCUUUCUUAUGGUUCAUACUCUCAUGUUAGUGUGCAAUCAUCUGGUAAAGAUUAUGAUAUACUUGCAGAAAACGUGGGGAACCGACUGUUCUUUGCAGGUGAGGCCACUUGUAGGCAAUAUCCAGCCACUAUGCACGGUGCUUUCAUGAGUGGCUUGAGAGAAGCUUCACGCAUUUACCAAUUAACCCGUGUUCAGCAACCUUGUCCUAAGAAGUCCCUGUCCAAGAAUAUAGGAACCAGCAGCGGUACUUUGGUUAAUUUAUUCAAGAGGCCUGAUUUGGAAUCUGGGAAUUUCGCUUUCAUAUAUGAUCCUUUCUCAGAAGAUCCGCAGUCGAAAGCGAUUCUGCAAAUGACAUUUGGUGGUACCGAAGAAAGUUACAAGGAGGAGAUAUUAAACUGCUAUCCCAAUACCACAAAGUUGCCGUUGCAGCUUUACACUAUUUUAUCCCGUGAACAGGUGGAUCAAGUGCAGCAAAUUACCGAAGGAGAUGAAAAUAGGUUGUCAUAUUUGACAGAAAACCUAGGUUUGAAGCUAAUGGGAUUAAGUGCUUUACUCAUUGCUGGUAAUGACGUAAUAGCUAGCAUUGCUGGCUCCCGAAAAGGAAGGAGGAACCGAACAAUUACCUCGCAACCCGGUGACCCAAAGAAGUAGUUUGCAUAUAGGGAUGCGUGUUAUCCAGUUCUGACUUGACGUCUUGUAAUCUAGGCUGUCUUCCAAUGGAUCCCCAAUCCCAUUGUAUCAACUAUUAGAAACUUUUUAUGUUGUUGUAGACUUAGCUAUACCCCACCUCAUAGAGGAGAUACAGAUCACUGGAUUUUACAGGCAAAAUUGUUUACUCUGCUUGUAGUUGUAUUUGUAUCAUAGUUAUUUCUUUAAUUCCUUAAUUGGUUCCAACGCCAAGACAAGGUUUUUCAUAUGGGGUUUUAAAUUUU